CAGUGCUGUUAAAUGUCUUGAAUUACACGUGCCUUUGAUAAUUAAACUUUUUUAAUAUCCUGCAUCUUAACUGUUCAUGAUUACGUGGUCGACGUAAUCAGUAGAGUAUAAGGCAAACUCUCAUGCGAAUGUCUACGUUUGUUGUCAAACUAGCAGUAAUGUACUGAAAACUACUGUGACGAUUACGUCAACCAUACGAGUAUGGACAGCCAAGCCUAAUUGAGCAGCGAGAAAAUAUGAACUAUCCUAGAAACAACAGCUUUCUCACUACUUCUAAGCCUCUCCUAUACUUAUUAUUCCCCGUAACCCGUCACUUGCAUUUCUAUAGAAGCAAUAAAGAACGUGAUAACGAAAUUGCACAUCUGCAACAAUUGUUUACAAAUAAACUGCUCAGAUAAGAUAGCCCAUGGUGGACGUGUUUGUAUCAGAAUUUGCCAAAUUAGUGUUACAAAAUCCGCUGGCAGAGGAGAAAGUAUCUCAAAAACGAAAGAUGUUCUCUUACAAGCUAAUGGAUAGCCAACAGGCUCGUGCGUUCACUACCGAACUUCAUGAUCGUCAUAUUGAAAUACAUCUAAGCGAUAUUUCUGCAGUUUCUGUGCGCGGUGAAAAGAAUCUCAAACCAAGUCAUUGUGUGUUGCCUUUCAAGUACUUGCAAUAUGCCGAUCGGAUAAGAAAUCUCACCGUUUACAAAGAUGAUGUAUGGGUAGUGACUUUCCCGAAAUGUGGCACGACGUGGACACAGGAGAUGGUUUGGCUGAUUGAUCAUGAUCUCGAUUACGAAACUGCCGGCAAGGUUGACCUCAGCCGGCGAACUGUGUUCAUAGAGGCAUCGGCAGUCAUUGGAGAUUAUCUAGGUGAUACGGUAGGGGCUGUAGAGAACCUCGCACGACCUCGGCAUAUCAAAAGCCAUCUGCCGCUGGCGCUACUUCCACAGCAACUUUGGACCGUUCAACCGAAAAUUAUCUAUUGCGCUCGAAAUCCAAAGGAUGCUGCAGUUUCCUACAUGCAUCACUAUCGACAUCUUCAUGGCUUCCAAGGGACGAAUGAAACAUUUCUAGAAGGUUUGCUAACGGACCAAAUCCUAUGGUGUCCACAAGUACCGCAUACACUCGAUUUUUGGAACGUUCGACAUUUGGACUAUGUGAUGUUCAACCACUUUGAAGACAUGAAAAAGGAUAUUAUGGGCAUUCUUCGGAAAACGUGCAGCUUCUUUGGAAAAAGUUACACAGAUAAACAGUUGGCCAAACUAGCUGAACAUCUAUCGUUUGAUACAAUGAAAAAAAACCCCUCGGCCAAUCAAACACAGCUACUGAAAACAUUGGAAACAGUCCGGAACACUAAAAUAAAUUUCAACUUCAUGAGAAAGGGUCAGCUUGGCUGCUAUAAAGACGAACUCACUCCCGAGUUCACACAACGAUUACAGGAGCACGUUGAUAAGCAGUUAGCUGGUAGCGGUUUUCAAUACAUGGAAUGAACUUAGUUUAUUGGCUGUUGUCGGAGGGAGGGCUUCCCACAAAAUACAGUAGGGGAUUCACAAUUGAAUAAUCAAAUAUGUGUUUAACAAUUAGUUUAUAAUCAAGAAACAAUAAUGUUUAGAUUUUUAACAACUACUAUUAAAUUAUGUAAUAAAUUAAUUUCCCAGUGCCA